ACUGGGACAUCCAUUGUACAUUUGUAUUUUAUACCGCUCUUAGACCAUAGUGGCUCAAGUCAAUCAUGCAAUUGGGGCUGAGGGGAUUAUCAGUACAGAAUGCAAGGAAGUAGUGAGAGAGUAUGGAGAGAUGAUCCUCGAGAUGCUUGUAGCACAGACAAGGCCACAGAAAGUGUGCAGUCAGAUCGGUCUGUGUGUAUUUGAUGGUAGUCAAUCUGUCAGUAACCAAAUUGAAUCUGUCGUUAAUAAGAAAGAGAAGCGAGGCUCUGAUCUUCUCUGCACGGCUUGUGAGAUGACUGUUGUCUGGAUACAGAAUCAGCUCCGUAAAAACCAAACGGAAGAGCUCAUCUUGCAGUAUGCGAAUCAGGUCAGUAUCACCAGUAUUUUCUGAUUGUCCAGUGGU